AAGGGUGUUCCACUCACCGACUGGCCCUUCUUGUGCUUUCUUCUGUAGAGGACAGUCCAGUUUAUCUGCCGAGGAUUCCUCUUGGAUAGGAAUGCUGACUCGCAUUUUGCAUUAAGAAAUUGGAAAACCUGAUGUGACAAAUCCAAAGUCAUUAACUACCUAGCUAAACAAACAGGAGAAGCCGAGCUUGAAAACCCUACAAAAUAUUUUUAAGUACUCUUUUCUUUUAUGAAAUUGGGGAUCACCGACACCAGUGAGCUUGGGUCAUAUGAUUGUCAUAUGUUUCGUCUGUUCUCCUGAGGCAAAGUUGCGCUCUUACCAAGGGUGGGGUGUCAAAUUCCGGGAAUUCUGCCCUUUUCCCUCCCGGGAUUCCAAAAGGACCUGGGGCCAUAAAACAAGCAGAUACCCCGAUACCCCUGUUAUUUCCCGUACACUACGUCAUCAGUUACACAAACCGCUCCUCUUUCCCACCUGGCUCGCACUAGAUUAAGGCUCAAUACUGGUUCGCCUAGAAGUUUCUGAUGCCAAGCUCACUCCAUGCAGGGAUCCCGAACCCUUUCAGAAACCAGCAGUCUGGUAGGAAAUUAACCCGUUUAGACAGAAGUAGGUUGGCCUUUCCUUUUCUGAGCUCGAAAAGCCAAAGCGGCCUUUUACCUUUCCGUCGGUCCUGGCGUAGCGCCUCCCGUGUCCGGGGUAUAUCUUGUACCCGCUAAAACUGCACAGCUCGACCCUGUAACGAAAAGUGAAAACCCAUUAAGGGGGCUGUUUACAGCAAAUACAAGUCAUGCCCAGGAGGCCGCAGAGGAGUUCUGCGCGCGGAUGAAAGAGGAUUGGGAUUCAAGCUUACUUCAUGGCGGUAGCUGCUGAGAAGGAGGAAAGAUGGCGAAAAGAAGGAGAGCAUCAUGGGAAGAGACCUAAUAAGGUCGUGAGGAAAUCUCCUCCCCGAAUCCCUUUCGCUGACCCGGGCGCUCGGUGAUGACGUUACACACCGCGGUCAGGGAUCUCGGCGUUCUGGGCUGUGGCGGGCUUGGGAGGAAUUCCGCUAGAUUGCUGGAUGCCCUAAGGAGAGAGGAAGGAAGUGGCCUUGCAGGCCGCUCCUGUGGCCAGUCCGCCUCCUAUGGCCAGGUGUUCUAGAGCCAACAGUUCUACGAGAAGGAAUGUGAACGAAAGAGACUGGUGUCCCGUGUCCUCGCUCCUCUUCCUUUUGUAUAGAUUCACAGAUGAAUACCCCGCAGGCAACCAAUUGAACCGUCUGAGUGCCGUGCAUCCUGGGAGUUGUAGUUUCCGCCUCUCCUGCAGACCACAAGCUCCACAGAGCGGCUGGAGGACGGUUGCCUGGUGUUAUUAGCAAGCGGCAAGUAUGGCUGUAGCACGCGCCGAUGCGACUUUGCCUCCCGGAGAAGGAUCAGUGGUCAAUUGGUCAGGGCAGGGACUACAGAAAUUAGGUUCAAAUUUACCCUGUGAAGCUGAUAUUCACACUUUGAUUCUGGAUAAAAAUCAAAUUAUUAAAUUGGAAAAUCUAGAGAAAUGCAAACGAUUAAUACAGUUGUCAGUGGCUAAUAAUCGGCUUGUUCGGAUGAUGGGUGUGGCCAAACUGACCCAACUUCGUGUAUUAAAUUUGCCUCAUAAUAGUAUUGGCUAUGUGGAAGGACUAAAGGAACUAGUACAUUUGGAAUGGCUGAAUUUAGCAGGAAAUAAUAUCAAGGCCAUGGAACAAAUCAAUAGCUGCACAGCCCUACAACACCUUGAUUUAUCAGACAAUAAUAUACCCCAGAUAGGUGAUCUGUCCAAAUUAAUAUCCUUGAAGACCCUGCUUUUACAUGGAAACAUCAUCACCUCGCUUAGAAUGGUACCUGCUUAUCUACCCAGAAGUCUUGCUAUACUGUCUUUGGCAGAAAAUGAAAUCCGGGACUUAAAUGAGAUCUCUUUUUUGGCAUCCUUAACUGAAUUGAAGCAGUUGUCAAUCAUGAACAAUCCUUGUGUGAUGGCAACACCGUCCAUUCCCGGGUUUGACUAUCGGCCAUACAUUGUCAGCUGGUGCUUGAAUUUGAGAGUCCUAGAUGGAUACGUGAUUUCUCAGAAAGAAAGUUUAAAAGCUGAAUGGCUCUAUAGUCAAGGCAAGGGGAGAGCAUAUCGGCCUGGCCAGCAUAUCCAGCUUGUUCAGUAUCUGGCUACAGUCUGCCCUCUCACUUCUACACUGGGUCUUCAAACUGCAGAGGAUGCCAAACUAGAGAAGAUUCUGAGUAAGCAGAGGUUUCACCAGAGGCAGCUGAUGAACCAAAGCCAAAAUGAAGAGAUAUCUCCUCUUGCUCCUGUUGAAACAAGGGCACCCCUCAUACCUGAGCAUUCAAGCCCAGUUCAAGAUUGCCAGACAGUCCAGGAAAGUGAACCUGUCAUCCAAGUCAAUUCUUGGGUUGGGAUAAACAGUAAUGAUGAUCAAUUAUAUGCUGUUAAGAAUAGCUUUCCAGCCUCUACACAUGCUACAAGAUAUUCUCGAAAUGACCUCCACCUGGAAGACAUACAGACAGAUGAGGACAAGUUAAAUUGUAGUCUUCUCUCUUCAGAAUCUACUUUUAUGCCAGUUGCAUCAGGACUAUCUCCAGUAUCACCUACAGUUGAGCUGAGGCUGCAGGGCAUUAACUUGGGCCUCGAAGAUGAUGGUAUUGCAGAUGAAUCUGUGAAGGGGCUGGAAAACCAGGAUUUGGAUAAAGAAGAGGAAAAGGCUUCAUGGGUUACAAAUGAGAAUUCUGUUCAGAUGCUGAAAAGUAAGAUCAGUUCAGAGAUAAAUGAAAAAGCUGGGCUGUUACCUUGUCCUGAGCCAGCAAUAAUCAGUGCUAUCUUGAAGGAUGAUAACCAUAGUCUUACAUCUGUGUCAGUUGGACACAGUGUCUCCCAUAUAGAAACAGAUAGUGAGGAAAUCAUGUCUGAAACAACUUCAGAGAAAUUUCCCUGCAGGAUUUUAACCCAAAGAUCUGUUGGUUUGGGACAAGAUAAAUUUACACUUCAGAAAUUGAAUGAAGCAGCCACAAAGCUUCAGGCCUAUUGGCGGGGCUUUUAUGCCAGGAACUAUAAUCCUCAAGCAAAAGAGGUGCGUUAUGAAAUCCGACUGCGCAGAAUGCAGGAACACAUUGUCUGCUUAACUGAAGAAGUAAGGAGAUUAAGAAAAGAAAGAGAUGAAGAACGUGUUAAAAAAUUUGUACAAGAAGAGGCUGUCAAAUUCCUUUGGAACCAGGUAAGGUCUCUACAAUCUUGGCAACAGACAGUGGAUCAACAUCUGAUUUCCUGGCAUGCUGAUGUUCCUCCUGUAUCAGGCAUUCUGGUACCAUCUAAACCUCCAUUAUUCACCCAAAGUCUCGAGCCUUUUUCUGAUCAAAAUUCCGAUUGGCUCAUUGCACAUGAUGAAGCUCAUCAAGAGAAAUCUUUACCAGAAUUUCCAGACUCUGGUUUUCAUUCCUCCCUAACAGAACAAGUUCACCAUUUACAGGAUUCUUUGGAUUUUGAAAAAAGUUCCACAGAAGGCAGUGAAAGCUCCACAGUGGGGAAUUCCAUUGAUACAGUCAAAUAUGGCAAAGAACCAGAUUUAGGGGAUGUUAGUGAAGAACAUGGUGACUGGAGCAAGGAAAGCUCAAAUGACGAGCAGGAUAAUAAUCUGCUUGAACAAUAUUUAACUUCAGUUCAACAGCUAGAAGAUGCUGCUGAGAAGACAAAUUUUGAUGAAGGGAUAGGAGAUAGUAAGCUCCACAUAGAUUGUUCCCUAGAAAAGUUAGAUGCUUUGUCUGACAGUGCUUCUGUAGGCGAGACUCAUGGUGUAUCUCCUACUUUGCAAAAUGAAGUCAACCAGAUGCCAGAGAAUUAUAAAUUAAAUGUAGAAGUCCAAGAACAGCAGCCAGAAUGUGAUUCCACAUUUCAAUUAUUGCAUGUUGGCGUUAUUGUGUAGCAUGUCUGGUUUCUUGGGAAACAGAAAUCCAUUUACAUUUUCUUAAUGUUUUCAGUUACCCUUUUUUCUUCUUUUUUUAGAGGAGGGAAACCCCCACACAUUUGUUACUAUUUAUAUAAAAUUUGUAUUUUUGUCUCAUCUUUCAGAUUCUAGGUUCCAAGCUGAGUCUUAAUUUGAUUUUGCUAGCUUUAUACCUGUAAUGUACCAAACAAUAUUUAUAUCAAAAGUUAUGUGCACUUUAUUUCUUAACAAUUGCAUUAACAAUGUUUCUUUCAUGUAAUUGCUUCCUUUCAAAAAUAAACUAGAAGUUUCUAAAGAAAAUUUAAAAUUUUACCUUAAUGAUAUAAACAGAAUUUUGGUUUUGUUCUGGGGAAAUUAAUUAUAUAGUAAGAAAUGUUGUUCAUUAAAAUGUGAAUAGAAAUGAUAACUAUGAGGGUUGUGAACUACUGAAAUUUGCCACAGUUUAGAGUAAGAACAUGUUUUCGAAGACCUUUUAAUUUUGAGUCAAAGAAAGACUUCUUAUAAGCAAAUUUAGAAAGAAAAAGUAAGGUUAUUAAGAUUUUUCUUUUUGUUUUGUUUUAGUUUGAACCCAGGCUCCAAGCAUGCUAAACACGAGCUCUAUCACUGAGCUAUCUCCCUAUCCUCUAGAUUAUAGAAUUCUUAGUGAGAAUGACUAAAUUGUCUCAUGGAAAAUUUUAGUUAAUGUCAUGCAUGAGUUUUAACAUAUGAAGUGAAGUGUUCCAUCCAGGAUUGAAAUCAAACUUACUUAGAGAGGUAACCUAAAAAUGUUUCUUUUUGAUAUGAAGAAAGGAGAUAUUAAGCUCCAUUUAUAUGUAAUAAUGUCACUAUAAACAUUUAUCUUCUCAUCAAGUGCUUUUUUCUACCCCACUGAUUAAGAAUUGAUGUGCUAUUACAUUACCAGAAAUUAAUGUAUGUUCAUCUCUGUUCCUGCUUAUACUUCCUUAUGUAUUUCAGCAGAAGGUCCAAGUCCAUCUACUUCACUUUUGACCUCUGCCCUAUAGUAAAGAGUAUUUAAAAUAAUAUUAGUGGUAGAAUAUGAAUGACAUUUUUAAAGAACUAUUUUCUGUCUACUCUUUGAAAAGUGCCACAUUUGAAAGAUAAUGGUGGUUAAGAAAAAAUAAACCUCACCUCACUUUACUUGUUUAAAAUAAUAUAUAUAUGUAACUUCAGGAAGACUUAAGAUUGUUUUUGAAUGUUAUAGGUAGGUACAUCUGUAAAUCAAGGGUAAUUUUUUGGAAGCUUGGUAUUUUACUCUUUUAGCAUGUUCUGAUAUCAUUGGAUAACACAUAUCUAAUUUCCCCCAAACUAUGGACAUGUACCUAUUUAAAACUAUGAUAAUACUUGAGUGUUCACUAAGUUUAGGUGCUAAAUAUAUAUUCAUUAUUCUCUUUAGAGUCUAGAUCCUCUUCUUUGAAACUGUGUGUUCUGAUCCUUCAAGAAUUAAAGUUGAAGAUCACAUGGUACACUUUGUUGAUAGUUAGAAACAUUUGUCUAGUAUAGUCAGAUGUAUUUUUCUCAGUUUAUAAAUGAACUCAGGUUGAGAAGACUUGGAUUUCAUUUUCAGAAAUCUAGAAUCCCUUGAAAAGGAAAUGUUUUCUGUUUCUUAUAAGAAAACAGCAGUCCUAUCUUCAAAAGGAUUUUCCCUAGUGAAGCAUGUGUAACAUUGAAUUGCAUGUUAAAUAAAAAUUGAAUUUUUACUUUUUGAAUAAUGCUAAUUAUCUUUUACGAAUGAAUUUUAAUUUCUUCUUAAAUAUAUUUUUAUAUUUCUAAAGUGCCUCGUUUGCUUCAAAUAGACUAAAAAAAACAAUUUGCACUGCACUUGUACCACAAUACUACUUCAUGGUUAAUUUUUCAGAAAGCUGAAAUGUCAUGGUUCAGUAUUACUUAAGUAGGUUUCUGCUAACAUCUUCUUCCUCUUCUCUUUUUUUAAGUAAUGGCAGAUAUAACUAAAUUUAUUUUAUCAUCAGCAUGUCAAUGGGAUUUCCUUUUUUGCCUUUGGUUUGUUUUUCUAGCCCACAAAUAGUAUUCAACAUUCAUAUAAUACAUUUGGAAAAUUAUGAUGAUUUUUAAUAUUAUUCUCUUUAUAUUUUAUUUUGCUAGUAUAUAGAAGUACAGAAAUCAUCAAAUAGCCCACUCUCUUAACUAGAGAGUAUCUUGAAUGUAGAUAGAAUGAAAAUAAUGUAAAUUAGAAUGAAGGAACACAGGCAUAGACUUAAUAUAUUUUGAUUGGUUUAAAAUGUACUUUGAAGUCGGGCUCGGUGGCACACUCCUGUAAUCCCAGCAGCUCGGGUGGCCAAGGCAGGAGGAUCGAGAGUUCAAAACCAGCUUCAGCAAAAGUGAGGUGCUAAGCAACUCUAAACAAAAUACAAAUAGGACUAGGGAUGUGGCUCAGUGGUUGAGUGCCCCUGAGUUCAAUCUCCAGUACCAAAAAAAAAAAAAAAAAAAAAAGUGUAAUUUAUAUAACUAAGAUAUUUGGUUUUAACUCUGAUCUGUUCAUUAUCUUGACUAAAGAGGGACUAGGUCUGGAAAAAUUUGUGAAGUUGAGCUUUCAACCCCAUCUUUUGUCACUUUUCUAAACCAGAGAGGUUUUUUAUUCAGUUGUACUAUUUUAAUUCACAUCAGUUCUCUUGAUUUUUGGAAUAUUGUUAUUAGUAUGUAUUUAUUUAAUAUGAAAGAUUUUUCUCAUGAAAGGCUGAAUUUGCUCAUGUUUUCAGUUUUACAGAACAACAGUUUUACAGUUUUAACUCUCAUAGUGGUUCAGAAAGCUUUAAUAAUGCUGAGGUUGUAGCUCAGUGGUAGAGCGCUUGCCCAGCACACGUGAGGCGCUGGGUUCGAUCCUCAGCACCACAUAAAAAUAGAUAAAUAAAUAAAGAUAUUAUGUCCAUCUACAACUAAAAAUAUUUUUUAAAAAAGAAAUCUUUAAUCAUGACAGUUGAUGAUGUUCAUUUGGUUUGGUUUUAUAAGUUUAAUUAUAGAAGAUAUUAUAAUACGCAUGUUUUAGGAAGGUGUUAUUUGACCACACAAUUGUCUGUAUAUAUGUAAAUAACUUUAUUUUUUAAUAAUGUGCCAUUCUUGAGUUGUUUUUCUUUUAUUUGUUUUGGAUUGUUUUAAAUAUAUAAAUAUCAUAAUAAUGUAUUUUUCUGUUAUCUACUUAAAAGAGAUCUAGUUCUUUUUUGGGGGGCGGAGUACUGGGGAUUGUGAACCCAUGAGUGCUUUACCAUUAAGCUACAUCCCUAGCCCUUUUCAUAUUUUAUUUUGAGACAGGAUCUUGCUAAGUUGCCUAGGCUGACCUUGAACUUGUGAUCCUCCUGCCUCAACCUUCUUAGUCACUGAAAUUGCAGGCAUGCACUACUGUGCCAGCCACGUUCUAAUUUCUGUAAAUAUUUUCAGAAGAUACAGGCUUUAAAUGUUAUGCUCUUUCCUGUGGUAUGUUUCUUUGUGCAAAGUCUCAAAAUUGAAUUUAUGACAAGAAUAAUAUAAAUGAGUCUGAUCAAUUUCUCAUUCAUAAAAAAGAAUUCAUUGUUUAAUGUGUAUUUUUAUUUUGCCACAUCCUUAUUAAAAGAUAUUUAUUAUACUGUAAUGUUUUAAAUUUUAAAUAUGU